AUGGAACUAAGUUCACCACCGAGAAGAAGCACAACGUCGCCAAUAGAUAUACCAGGGGGCAGUAAACAAGACUUGAUAAUCGCACCCCAUUCUCACAGCUUUAAGACCGACCCAUGCUCGAGUAACAAUAGUAGUUUGGUAUCCAAGACAUCCACCAACCCAAGUUUGGAGAGCCCUUUCUCUUCGAAAUCUUUACUGGACUGUCCCCCUGUGCAAGCCGUAAAGAAGUCUUUGGAGUCAGAAGCGAAGACGCAUAAUCUAGAUGAUGAGACAAAUGAACAAAAUCAUGAAAACAUCUUGAACAUGGCAGACUUCCCCACAGAUGAACUCAUACUAAUGAUAGGUGCGCUACUGAACAGAAUCAUAACUGCAAACGAUGAAACUACAUAUUCCUCACAACAAGUGUCGCAAGAUGCCGAAGAUGAACUCUUAACUCCAAUCCUGGCUUUUUAUGGGAAGAACGUUCCAGAGAUUGCUGUAGAUCAAUACUUGGAGAGGAUCCAAAAGUACUGUCCCACCACAAAUGAUAUCUUUCUUUCUCUACUUGUAUAUUUCGAUAGAAUCUCCAAAAACUAUGGACACUGUCCUGAGCGAGAUGGCUGCGCAAAGCAAAUGUUCGUCAUGGACUCUGGAAACAUUCAUAGACUACUCAUAACAGGUAUCACAAUUUGCACGAAAUUCCUAAGUGAUUUUUUUUAUAGUAACUCUCGGUACGCCAAAGUUGGAGGUAUUUCUUUGCAAGAAUUGAAUCAUUUGGAAUUACAAUUCCUGGUAUUAUGUGAUUUCAAAUUACUAGUUUCGGUGGAAGAAAUGCAGAAAUAUGCAAAUUUGUUAUAUAAAUUCUGGAACGACCAGUAA